AUGUCAAAGCCCGAGCCCAUAGCGAUUUGCGGCAUUGGUCUGCGGUUACCUGGCGGCAUCAAUACCCCAACUUCACUGUACAAUUUCCUCAUCAACCGCAAAGAUGCGCGCUCCAAACCAGAUCGUCCGCGAUACCACUCGCAAGACCACCACUUCACAGCGAGCGGCAAAUCAGGACCUUUACCGACAGAGGAAGGAUACUGGCUCUCACACGACGAUGUAUUCAAAUUCGACCCGUCAAUGUUUUCUAUGAACCCCAAGGAGUUGCUGAAACUAGACCCUCAGCAGCGGCUGCUUCUGCAAGUCGUCUGGGAGGCGCUGGAGAGUGCUGCAGAAACAGAUUGGCAAGGGCAGAGGAUUGGGUGUUACGUGGGCAGUUUUGGAGAUGACUGGCGAGAAAUGCACGCCAUUGAUGCUCAAGACGAUGGCAUCAUGACCGUCCGCACAGCAUGCUCAGCUGCCGGUCUAGCAGUCCACCUAGCCUGCCAGGCAAUACGUGCCGGCGAAUGCGACUCCGCAAUCGUUGCCGGGGCGAAUUUGAUACUCUCGCCAGGCUUCACCAAGCUCAUGGCCGAGCAGAGCGUACUUUCGCCCGAUGCUUCGUGCAUGACGUUCGACGCCAGUGCAAAUGGCUAUGCCCGUGCAGAAGCCAUUAAUUGCCUCUACAUCAAAAAGCUCGACUGCGCGAUCCGCGACGGGAAUCCGAUUCGUGCUAUUAUUAGAGGGUCAGCAACGAACUCUGACGGGAGGACCCUUGGCUUGACAACACCCAGUGCACAGGCACAGCAGCAAUUGAUUCGUGAUGCAUAUCGACACGCCGGUAUACCAGAAAAUCAGAUGUGGCAGACUGCCAUGGUCGAAUGCCACGGCACCGGCACGGCUGUGGGCGAUACCAUUGAGGCGUGCACCGUUGGCGCUCUUGUCAGCAAAUCUGCUGCAACAGUAGGAAGUUCGGCAACGGUUCGAAGCCAUGGCAAUGUCGAGACGCCACCUCCUUCACCACCUCUGAGGAGAGAGCCAGCGACUCUGCUACUAUUCUCCGCGGGGCACGAGGAGUCACUCAAGAGGACCGCACACGACUACCAGGAGUUCCUCCGAGCCAGGCCUGCAAAGUUGGAAGAUCUUUCAUACACGUUGAUGCAUCGUCGCUCUCACCUAUCGCAUCGCACUUUUGCGGUCGUCACCGAUGACUGCGACCAACUGGCUUUCACCCUUCCCCCCGUGCCUAGUUUCCGACCAGGCUCACAAAUUGAGGGGAUUGCUUUCAUUUUCACCGGUCAAGGCGCUCAAUGGGUGCGGAUGGGAUCGCAUCUGAUGAAAGGUGGUAGUAGAGACUUCCUGCAGGAUAUCAGGGAAAUGGACGCGGUCUUGAAGAGUCUUCCGCGAGAGCACCGUCCAAGUUGGGAUAUCAGAAAUGAGCUCAUGAAAUCGGAUUCUACCUCCCGCCUCGGGGAAGCGGAAUUCGCCCAGCCCAUUUGCACUGCAAUCCAGAUUGCCCUGACCAGGCACCUUGCUAGAUAUGGAAUCGCCCCCAAGGCUGUCGUUGGUCAUUCCAGCGGUGAAAUUGCAGCUGCGUACGCGGCCGGUGUCCUCACCCUGAAGGAAGCGAUUAUUGUCGCCUACUACCGAGGGUUCAUGGUCAAGGAAUCCAAAGUUCAAGGUUCUAUGGCUGCCAUUGGACUUGGAAGAGAGCAAGUCACGUCAUUCUUGACGACUCGAGUCGUCAUCGCUUGUGAGAAUAGCAACUCUAGUGUGACUUUGUCCGGGGAUACGGACGCCCUUGAGGCAGUUUGUAGUGCAAUCAGGUCUGCUCGACCAGAGGUUCUAGUUCGUUUGCUAAAGGUUGACAAGGCAUACCAUUCUCAUCACAUGCGUGCAGUUGGCAUCGAGUAUCAAUCUCUUCUCAAGACAUACUUGAGGCCGAAAUCGCCAAAAGUCCUUUUCUACUCCAGCGUCUCAUCCCAAACACUCGAACGAGCCUCCGACUUUGGCGCCGAGUAUUGGCAGCGAAACUUGGAAUCACCAGUUCUCUUCCGACAGGCUGUGAUUUACACGGAGAUGGCCAUCACUCCGUCUUACUUAGCCGUGCAAAAACGAGGCUCAAAUAGCGCAGCAGCCUUCCUUGCUGCCAUCGGCGAGAUGCACUGCCGAGGCGUCCCCGUCAAAUUUCCUUUACCUGAUGGGGCGCGGCCGUUGACAGACCUGCCACCGUACCCGUGGCAUUUGAGCAAGACCUUCUGGCCGGACUCACGGGUUACCCAGUCCUGGCAGUAUCCCGAACACUCGCCACACGAGCUGCUCGGAUCACGCUCUUUAGAUAGUACAAGUACAGCCCCGAGUUGGAGAUGUCUUCUGUCACUGGACAACGUUCCUUGGAUUGCGGACCAUUGCGUCGGCUCGGAUGUUGUUUUCCCAGCUGCCGGGUACAUCGUGAUGGCUGGUGAGGUCGUCCGGCAGCUUUCUGGGCAGGCGCCCUACACCAUUCGUGACUUACGAAUCGCCAAUGCUCUUGUUCUUCCUCGGGGGAACAAGAUCGAGCUUUUCACUUCUCCUGCACAAUGGUACAAAGCCAUGUCACGGGUGGGAUACAGAUAUGGCCCAAAAUUCCGAGGCAUGAGGAAGGUUCGCACCAGCGUCAGGUCGCCAGCUGUAUCGGUCGAAGUUUCUGAUGAACGAGAAACGCCAGAGCAUCAGUACGGCUAUGUCUUACACCCAGUCACGAUUGAUCUGAUGCUUCAGUCCCUCAUCGUCGCGAACCACUCCGGGGAACCUCGCUUCCUUCAAAGGCUGUAUCUGCCGACUCAUAUUGAUGAGCUAUUCGUCAGCUCGGAGGCCUCAAAGAUGGGUCUUCUGCUCCAGAGUGUCAAGUCUGGUAGUGAGGGAGACUAUCAGGGGGAUUGCUCUGGCACAUUGCGCGAUAGUCCCGGAGAUGAACCAGUCGUCUUCAUGAAAGGUCUCCGACUCUCUCCGGUUGACCUGGACCAUGCUACUGCAGGCGCCACGGAUAGUUCAAAGGUUGCAGUCAUGUCUUGGGAACAAGAUAUUAGACUGGCGCAUGCCACUGACUUGGUGUCAGCGGCAUCCGACUCCUCAUUCCCAGAGACACAUCAGCUACUCGAAGAGCUUUUUGUACUUUGCGGCACAAUGGCACUCAAGGAGAUCGGCGCCGGAACUGGGGGGUUGACUUCCCGCAUUCUCAAAGAUUUGGCGGACUGCUUCAAAGAUGGCAAAGUCCUCGGGACCUAUGUCUUCACAGAUGUCUCUGCUGGGUUCUUCCCGGCAGCGAAGGAGCGUUUCCGUGACGUUAGUCCCGGGUUCCUGGACUAUCGCGUCUUGGAUAUCAGUCGCGAUCCAGCUGAUCAGGGGUUCAGCGGUGAAGAGUACGACCUCAUCGUUGCAAGCAAUGUGCUCCAUGCUACUCCGAAGCUGAAUGAGACCUUGCAGCAUGUCAGGUCAUUGUUGAAGCCUGACGGAAGACUCUUGAUGCAUGAGCUGUGCUGCAACACAAAAUGGAUCAAUUUCAUCAUGGGUUACCUUUCGGGAUGGUGGCUCGGCGACUCUGACAACCGCCCAGUGGAGCCUUACAUUUCUCCAGAGCAGUGGGAGGAGCGUCUAUUUCAAGCUGGCUUCUCAUCUGCGGAGGUUGUCUACGAUGCCGGGCCGCAAUACAAGCUUAACGCCACGAUCAUUGCUCGUCCUGCUGCGCCGAGCCAAGGCAUCAGUCUCACUUCACAGCAAAUAACCUUGCUGUGCGAAGAGCAGUCACACCCAGUGGUAACUGAAAUUGAACAAACCUUGCGGCGUCUAGGUCACUCUAUCACCAUUUCAAAUCCUGAAUAUGACGGCUCACCUGCCGGCAGCAUCGUGGUAUCCGUUAUUGAUCUGUGCCGCGGCGACGGCUAUUUCCACGAUAUGACGAAAGUCAAGCUAGAUAACCUCAAGAGCCUACUGAAGACUCUUCGAGACACCAACUCGAGCCUACUCUGGCUUUCACGACCCUGCCAGCUCGGGUCGGUCGAUCCGACCUUCGCUCCAGUGCUCGGCAUCGCGAGAACAGCAAGAGUUGAGGUUGGAGUACAUUUUGCUACAAUGGAGCUUGACAGCGUUACUGCAGAUUCUCUAAAGGCUGUCUCCCAGGUCGCAGGCCGACUUUGCUCCCAACGCGCGGCCUUGACUCCGAAUAUGGGUGAAGAUAUGGAGUUCUCCUACUCUACGGGUCGCAUCCUGAUUCCGCGAUGCAAGUGGGCUCCAAUCUCUCGCGCUCUUGCGUCCCAAACUUCAAUCUCUUCAACAAAGAUGCUGCAGGUCUCGAGGCCUGGGGCCCUACAAACUCUAAAAUGGGUUUCUUGUCAAUUGCCCGACGAUAUACCGUCCGACCACGUCAAGGUUGAUGUCCACGCAGCAGGUCUCAACUUCAAAGACGUCGUCACUGCAAUGGGCCUGAUCAAGCCUUCGGCUCCAAGAGGACUCGGAUGUGAAGCCAGCGGUAUCGUGACGGCCAUAGGAGGUUUUGUGACGAACGUUCGGGUUGGCGAUCGCGUCAUGGUUUUCGCGCCCGAGGCGGCCUGCUUCUCUACGGAGAUACUGGCCCCAGCACAGCUCUGCAUCCGCAUUCCCCAUACACUUGCCUUUGCUGACGCGGCUGGAAUGCCCUGCAUAUUCACCACGGUCCUUCGAGCCCUGGUAGAUAAAGCCGGCCUUAGGGCUGGUCAAACUGUGCUCAUCCACAGCGCCGCUGGUGGUGUUGGCAUUGCGGCCUUGCAAGUAGCUCGAUGGAUUGGGGCCAGAGUCUACGUAACUGUGGGCAGCGAGGAGAAGGCAGAUUUCCUUGUCAGAGAGUGGGGUGUUCCUACAGAACAGAUCUUCUCAUCUCGAGACGUCAGUUUUGUGGAGGGUGUGAAAGCAGCGACAGGUGGUUUCGGUGUUGACGUCGUGUUGAACUCUCUGUCUGGAGAGCUUUUACAUGCAUCAUGGGAUUGUGUCGCCCCUCAUGGCACCUUCAUCGAGCUAGGGAAGAAAGAUACUCUAGCGGGCGGUAAACUUGCUAUGGCAGCUUUCGAUGGGAAUCGGUCCUUCAUUGGCGUCGAGAUGGCGAAUCUGGCUGCUGAGAACCCUGCCAUCAUCUCCCGCUUGCUACAGAAAUGUGUGGACUUGUAUCAGCAAGGUUACAUCCAUCCCGUGAAGCCUGCAAAGGUUUUCACGUGCAGUAAGACUGAAGAUGCCUUCCGAUACUUGUAUCAGGGUACCCACAUUGGAAAGGUGGCCGUCGACAUGACCGAGAAAGAUGCCGCGGCAUUGAAGGUAUCUCAAGUGCCUUUGCCUCCCAGCUUCCGUGAGCAAGCUACCUAUGUACUUGCCGGCGGCAUGGGUGGUCUGGGAGCAACGAUAGCGCGAUGGAUGGCCUCCCACGGUGCCAAAAGUCUGCUUUUCAUCUCGAGGUCCGCCGGACGCAGUAAUGACGAUCAAGCUCUGCUUUCAGAACUUCGUUAUGCAGGUUGCGAGGUCAAUGCCAUACCAUGCGAUAUAGCAGACGAGACGUCCAUGCAAGCGGUCAUUUCGAGACAUGCUUCAUCCAAACGGAUCGCGGGCGUACUAAAUCUAGCAAUGGUGCUUGCCGACGGUGCAGUCUCUGACCUUACACUGUCACAGUGGCAAACUGCGACAUCGCCCAAGAUACGCGGGACAUGGAACCUUCACCGCACGCUGCCUCAUGAUAUUGACUUUUUCGUGCUCUUUGGUAGCACGUCUGGUGUGCAUGGGUAUCCAGGCCAAGCAAAUUACGCUGCUGCCAACACCUUCCUCGAUGCGUUUUCCCAGUAUCGCCGGGGUCUGGGUCUGCCUUGUUCAGUGAUUGACCUAGGAGGCGUCGAGGAUGUGGGCUAUGUCAGUCGUACACGAGACGUUGAAGACGCCAUGACGAGAUCUGGAUCCAAACUUGUUUCCGAAGCCGACAUGCUCCGAGGUCUUCAGCUCGCCAUCGCUGAAAGUCGACCAUUGGCCACAAGCGCAAACACUGGAGCACACUGGUCAGCCACCAAUGGGCAACUGGUACUUGGUCUUGACUGCAGCACGUCUAUCAACGAUCCUGGUAAUCGAGUUGUGUGGAAGCACGAUCCUCGCAUGAACCUCUACCCAGAUAUUGCGGAGAAUGAGGUGGCCUCUCGGAAAGAGGCUGGUUCAUCAGGCUUAGCCGAAUUUCUAUCAAGUCUGCAGUCGCGACCGGAAGAGAUCGAAACGCCCGCGUCAACAACAUAUCUCGCGCAAGAAAUCGCACGCCGGAUAUUUGGGUUUCUCAUGCGGGAGGUGGAUGAAGGCGGGGUUGACAGUACUCUGUCACCUUCAGCGCUUGGAGUCGACUCUCUCAUGACCAUUGAGAUUCGUAAUUGGUGGAAACACACUCUUGGUGUAGAAAUAACGGAGUAUGGGGCCGAUAUGAUCGGAGCCAUGUUCCGAGGUGGGGUCUUCACCGGGUCGGCAUAUUCGGUCAGCACCAUGCGGAGGGAUGACUCAGCUCGGUCAGGAGCCUUCCGCCUGUGCGCCAGGCCGCGGGCUGCGGCGCAGAUUCGAGCUUUCCGACCGUUGAACUUUUCGACGACCGCGUCUGUUCGAGCUGCCGAGAUUCGCGAUGUCUCCUCUCUCCCGCCUAGAGUUAUUCCGAAAUACCGCGACCCUCCGAACUCGACCUCUGGCUUGCUAUCCCUACACUGGCCGACGCCUCCGAGGAAUAUCCUCUUGAUGCCGAAGCUGCGAUCCCCUCAAGUCCUACGAGCGACCAUCGACUUUGCGAAGCACCUACAAAGUACAUAUUCUGGUCUGAACCUGAUAUUUGAGCCGAGAGUCGCUCAGAUGGUGCACGAGUCCUUCAACUUCCCCAUCUACACAUGCGACCCAUCUGCAUUCCCGGACAGAAUCGACAUGAUCACGACGCUUGGAGGCGAUGGAACCAUUUUGCGCGCCGCAAGCCAUUUCAGCAUGUACCAAGCCGUGCCCCCCAUUCUCGCAUUCAAUUUUGGUACAAUAGGGUUCCUGGCAGAGUGGAAGUUUGAGGAAUACAAAAGGGCCUGGAGAGAGGCUUACAUGAGUGGGAGUGGCGUCGCCGUGGAUGAUCUAUUGACGCCACACACGAGAGUCGCAAGCGGAGAGAAGGAACACGACGUCAAGGAUGGGGCUCAGUCUGGAUGGCAUGCGUCUCCUGGCAAGAGCAUGGGACAGAGUCGGGCAGCCAAAAUCUUGCUGAGACACCGACUACGCGUCGGCGUAUACGACAACAACGGCCAGAACAUCAGCAGCCAAUUACUCCCAACGACGAAGUCACAAGCACACCUACCAGCCGAACACCCCGAGGACACAAUACUUUCGAAACGUGACAUUCCUCAACCGAUCCAUGCUCUUAACGAACUCCUCAUUCACCGGGGGCCAAAGCCUCACCUUGCCCAUAUUGACAUUUACCUUAACAACCGAUUCCUGACGGAAGCUGUCGCAGAUGGCAUACUACUGAGCACCCCUACGGGCUCUACUGCUUAUAGCCUGAGCGCCGGCGGUUCCAUCAUACACCCCCUCGUGAAAUCGCUCCUCAUUACACCAAUCUGCCCACGAAGUUUAAGCUUCCGACCCUUGGUCCUCCCCCUUAAUACCAAGGUCACACUCAAAGUCAGCAGCAAGAACCGCGAUGGCGAGCUCGAGGUCAGUAUCGACGGCAAGCGAAGUGCCGGCGCAGGUAUCGGCACUGAAAUCCGCGUCGAAGGAGAGAUGGUCGGCGAGUCCAGCAACGGUGACUGGAAAGGAGGUGUGCCGUGUGUCAUCUGCGGACCAGGCAAGGGCGACGCGUCGGACUAUGACGACGAUGGCUGGGUUGGGGGUCUGAAUGGCCUCCUCAUGUUCAACUAUCCCAUCGGGAGGUGA